AUGAUAAAUGCCAGCAAGACUGGUGGAAGCAUGUCUGGCGGCAGCAAAGCGAGAGGAAGUGUUUCGGGAACAAGCAUGGGCGGGGGAAGCAAAACUGGAGGCAGCAAAGCUGGAGACAGUGCUUCAGAAUCAAGCAAGAACGGUGGAAGCAUGGCCAGCUCUAGUAAAACUGGUGGCAGCGUUUCAGGAGCCAGCAAAACGGGAGAAAAUCUUUCUGGUUCAAGUACGACUGGCGGAAGUGUUACUGGUUCAAGCAAAGCUGGUGGAAACAUGUCUGGUAGCAGUAAAACCGGCGGCAGCGUUUCCGGCUCAUCAACGGCUGGCGGAAGUAUUUCUGAUGGCAGCAAGACUGGUGGCAGUAUGUCUGGCGGCAGUAAAACGGGAGGAAGCGUUUCGGGAACAAGCAUGGGCGGGGGAAGCAAAACUGGCGGAAGUGUUUCUGGUUCAAGUAUGGCUGGUGGAAGCACUUCGGGCGGAAGCAUGGCCAGCUCAAGCAAAACUGGGGAAAAUGUCUCAGGAUCGAGCGCCAGUGGAGGAAGUGUAACUGGUUCCAGUAAGGCCGGUGGAAGUAUAUCUGGUGGCAGCAAAACGGGAGGAAGUGUUUCCAGUGGAAGCAUGGCCAGUUCAAGCAAAACUGGUGGCAGCGUCUCAGGAUCAAGCGCCAGUGGAGGAAAUGUGACUGGUUCCAGCAAAGCCGGUGGUAGCAUGUCGGGCGGCAGCAAAGGCGGUGACAGUGCUUCCGAAUCAAGCAAGAGCGGUGGAAGCAUGUCUGGUGGCAGCAAGACGGGAGGAAGUGUUUCUGGAUCAAGCACCAGUGGAGGAAGUGUGGCUGGUUCUAGCAAAACCGGUGGCAGUAUGUCUGGCGGCAGCAAGACCGGAGGAGGAAGUGUUUCCGGUUCAAGUGUAGGCGCAAGUGGAAGCACUUUGGGUGGAGGCAUGGCCAGCUCAAGUAAAACUGGUGGAAGCGUUUCUGGAUCCAGUAAGACUGGUGGCAGUAUGUCUGCUGGCAGCAAGACGGAAGGAGGAAGUGUGUCCGGCUCAAGUAUGACUGGAGGAAGCACUUCAGGAACUUCUGGCAGCAUGGCCAGCUCAAGCAAAGCUGGUGGCAGCAUUUCGGGAUCUUCAGGCCCAAGUGGAGGAAGCAUGACUGGAGGCAGCAAGACGGGAGGAGGAAGUGUUUCCGGCUCAAGUAUGGCUGGCUCAAGCAAAAGUGGUGGUGGCAGCGUCUCUGGCUCCAGUUCGACCGGCGGAAGUGUUUCAGGAUCAAACGCAGCAAGCGGAAGUGUUUCUGGUGGCAGUAAAACUGGCGGGAGCAUGUCUGGUGGCAGCAAGACGGGAGGAGGUGUUUCGGGUGGCAGCUUGGCCGGUGGAAGCACCUCCGGUUCUAGCAGCACUGGCGGCGGCUCAAGUCUCUCCGGAAAGUCAGGUGGCAGUGAAAGCAAAAGCACAUCUGCCAAGUCUACCGGCGAUUCUUCUUCAGGGUGA